AUGGGGGCGCGCUGCAACGAUGGGAUGAUAAUGAGCCUCGCUGCUGCUUGGCGUUCCAAUCUCUGCCAGUGUCCUAGGUGCCUCAGCUUGUUCGCCCUGGGUGUGAGCGGCAACUUGGUAACUGUGCUGCUGAUGGGGCGCUACAUGCAGACCACCACCAACCUGUACCUGGGCGGCAUGGCGGUGUCCUAUCUGCUCAUCCUGCUGGCGCUCCAUUUCAACCUGUACCAUCUGUGGUGCUCGAGGCCCUGGGUGUUCGGGACACUUCUCUGAGGCCUGUCUCUCUACUUGGGCGAGGACUGCACCUAUGCCACGCUGCUGCACGCGACAGGCACUCAGUUGCUAUCUGCAAUCUGCUGCCCGCUGCGAGCGUGGGUCUUUGUCACCCAGAGCCGCGUCGGAGCGCUCAUCACUGCGCUCUGGGUAGUGACAUUGCUCUCAGCAGGGCCCUUCUUCUUUAUGGUGGGCGUCCUGCAAGAUGUCCUCCCCGGCCUCUCUGCAGGUCAACCCCUCGAUCCGGGUCCGCCGCCCCUCAGGUCCUCAUGGACACCAGUGCUGUCCCCAUCAUCUUUCAGAACCGAGGCUGCGGAGGCGGCAGCGCUGUUCAGCGGUGAGUGAGGUCAGAGACCUGCCCAGCUAAGGGUCAUGUUGUGGGUCACCACUGCCAACUUCUUCCUGCCCUUCCUGUGCCUCAGCAUCCUCUACGGGCUCAUCGGACACGAUCUGUGGAAAAGCCGGGUCCUCCGGGGAGGCCUGACCAAGACGAAGGAAAAGGGUCCUUGUCCUGACAAAAACCAGAACGUAUUUCUGAAGCAGAAGCAGAAGCCAAAACCACUUGUUUGGAGCGGGGCCCCUUCUGGAGUGGAAUUGUGCCUACACAUUUGUGAUCCUGGUUGGCGGUGGUUCAGAGUUUGCUGGUUGCCUUUCCAUGUUAGCAGAAUCAUUUACAUGAACACUGAAGAUCCCCAGAUGAUGUGCUUCUCUCGAUAUGUUGCUCUUGUCACACUGCAGCUUUUCUCUCUGAGCGCAUUCAACAAUCCCAUCCCCUCUCCAAUCUCAUUUCCAAGAGGAACAGCAGCUAUCUGGAAACUGCUUCUGGCAAGACAGCUCAGGCUGGGGAGCCGGGAUAUAGAGCCUGAGAGCAGCAGGCCAGAAGGAUAUAUGAAGGAUGAUGUAAAGAACAAAUAA